UUUCCCUUUCCCGUCCCCUCCCGGCGCGCUCCCAUGGCGGCCUGGCCCGGCUUCAGGGGGGAGGAGGAGGACGAGGCGGAGGACGAGGCGUGCUUGUGGAGGUACGACUCCACCUGGGAGGAAGAGGAGGAGGACGAGGAGGAGGAGGAUGGCGGCGGCGGCGGCGACGAAGAAGGCGGCGAGCCGGAGGGAGCGGAGGCGGCAGCCGGGGAGGAGCCGGUGCUGAGCUGUCCGCGGGGCUCCCGGCAGGCCCAGGAGCAAAGAUCAAAUUUGUCACCGCUGUCGCAGAGGCGUUUUCAGUUUUCAAGCAGGCGCAACUGGAAUGCAGCAAGAGACUUGCAGAGAUACAGACAUCAUUAUCCGGGUUUGACAGAAUCAGAAAAUAAGGAGGAAGAAGAGAUGUGGAAUUUAAGCUUUUAUAAAAAUGAGAUUAGUUUUUUGCCCCAGGGUUUGCAUGUUGAAGCUCUGCUUGAAUCUUGGUGGGACAACUAUGAAGUUCUGGAAGAAAACCAUUCUUACAUACAGUGGCUAUUCCCUUUACGUGAAUAUGGGAUGAACCGGCGUGCCAAACCACUCACGUGUCAAGAAAUCCAGGCUUUUAAGAAGUCCAAGGAAGUUAUGCAAAGGUUUGUACGUGCUUAUCAGCUCAUGCUGAGAUUUUAUGGCAUCAUUCUGAUCAACGAGGAAACUGGAGAACUUAAGAGAGCAGAGAAUUGGGCUGAGCGAUUUCAAAACUUGAACUGGUUCAGCCACAACAAUCUGCGGAUUACUCGCAUCCUGAAGUGCCUGGGGGAGAUGGGAUAUGAACACUAUCAAGUGCACUUGGUAAAGUUCUUCCUAACAGAAACUCUUGUUAAGGAGACAUUACCAAAUGUUAAGAGAAGUGCCUUGGAUUACUUCCUGUUCACCAUCAGAAGCAAACGGAAGAGAAGAGAACUAGUCCACUACGCGUGGCAACACUUCAAACCUCGAAGCAACUUCGUAUGGGGACCACACGACAAACUCUUGAAGUACAGAGCGCGUUCUACCAAGUCACAGCUGCACCAAAAGGCUGAGGAUAAACAGGAAACUCCUGGUAAAAAAUGUGAUGAUUCUGUGGAAAAGGAUCAGAACCAGUCUUUAGAGGGAGAACAGAAAACUGCAGAUGCUGCAGACUUGCAGCCUAAAGUGAAUGAUGAAGAUGUAAAAGAGAAGUUAAGUGAAUGCAUUUCGAAGGGAGGGGAUGGUGAAGAGGAGAAAGAGGCUUCAUUUACCCGGCAGGAGGAGAAGGAUGUAAACAGUGAGACUGAAGAAGUGCAGGGUACAGCAGAGAAUGAUUGCACUAAAGAGAGCAAGAAGAGAAAACUGGAUGCAAAUAUGGCAGAUGCUAAAAAGAGUGGACCGUUGAAAAGCCCUACUGAUAUUGAAAACAUUUCCCGUAAUCUGGGAGAAUGUGCAAUUGAUGCAGAAAUCCCCUCCUCAGUUCCAGUCUUACACGCAGAAGAGGACCAGGAAACACUGAAAGAAGACGAUGCAAGCACCAAAGACCCAACAGUGCCAGGGACCACUGAUGCAGCUGUAAAACGGAGGAAAGUUGAUAAAAGAACAUCAAGAAGCAAAACAUUCAACUUGGCCAUAAACCUGAAUGUCAGACCCUCUGCCUCUAGUGCCAAGUUAAAUGCAUCUGUUGCAGACACUGAGGCUGAAAAAGAAAAUGUCGGUGAGGAAAACGCAACUGUGGAAGCGACAAGUGAGAAGGGUGGUGGUGAUGCAAACAGUGGGGCUGAGAGACCCCCGGUUGGUUCCAGGCUCCCCAAGACUGGCUGGACUUCUCCAGUAAGUGAUGGCUUGGGGUCGAGUGGAGAUCAAGUCACAGCGAGAAGUGAUCAGCACCACUGCAACAGCACGUUCCUGGGAGGCAAAAGUGAGGUAGAUGGGGUAGAACAGCCUAAAAAGGCAGAAAAUGCAAGUGAAAAAGGGCAAGCAGAAGUCACAGGCAAGAAUCGAGUCCCGGAGAGUCUUGAGCAGAGCAUGACAUCCACCUGUCCUGAAGAAGACGGUGCUGAGGUUGCAACACAAAAACCUGAAAGCUCUGGGCAUGCAGCAAAACCUGAUGAAGAGCAGGUAGCAGCAGAGUGAG